AUGGAGGAAACCAACAUUCCGAAAGACAACGAUGCGUGUGUUAUGAUGGCCUUGGGGGAGUUGAAGGUCGAGAAGCGUCCCGUACCACAAGAUCCUGGCCCAUUUGAUCGGAAGCCAUGUGAAAUCGCUGAGUCGGAGGCCGAGUGGCCAUGGAGCCUGGUAUUUGCUGUCUUUGGUGUGAAUUCUGCCUCGGUGGUUCUUUGCGGCGACUUCAAGUUUGCUGCCGCCGAUGGAUUCAAUGGGACGUUACAGGGCUUUUUCUCUAUCCCGGAGCAGUUCUGCUACAAAUUGCCCGCGAACGUCAGUAUGGCGGAGGGAGCACUGAUUGAGCCUCUAGCUAUAGCUGUGAUGGCUGUGCAUAGUGUUGCAAAGAUGCCACACAAUGUCAAUGUGGCCGUUCUCGGUGCCGGACCUGUCGGUCUCUUGACGAUGGCAGUUGCCAAAGCUCUCGGGGCUCGCCGUAUUCUGGCCAUCGAUAUUCAGUCUCAGCGCUUAGAAUUUGCCAAACAACCUGAUACCAGUUACGGUCCGGGUUGCUACGCGUUGGCAGUGGACCUUGUGAGGCAGGGUCGUAUUAACCUAAAUCUCCUAAUAACACAUCAGUUCUCUUUUAAGGAUGCCAGCGAAGCAUUCAAAACAACCAAGGCCGGCGUGGGCCCGGAUGGAAAGAUGGCAAUCAAAACUAUC